AUACAGCUUGAAAACAAAAACCCUGUUUCUUCUCGCAGUCACGGCUUGCCUUGCGACGGUGUAUAAUAUGACUGCAAUACUCCCUUGGAUUUCUUACUGCUGAAGCGUUCCAACCUUGUCGAUCCAUUCCCACAAACCUGAUGCCUUCCUGUUCCUGUGCCAAUAUGAAAAUCGAAGCUGACGGUUGCAGAUUCUGCAUCACUGUUGCUGUGCUUCCUUUGACAACUGAGACGUAUUGUCAACUAGUUGGCUCUUCCCUUCUGUCGUUCAAGACGGACGUUACCCUGUUUAUAAAGGACAAUGCCGUCAGCGUUCACCAGUCAACCUCUCCUUAAUCGUAGGAUCCUGGUCUGCUGCCGUUUGCUCUCAAGGUGAUCCAAUAUGUCGGAUCUUGGAUUAACAUCUGAUGAUAUUGCUGCGAUAGCUCAAACACAGAUCACCAAAUACAUUGAUAUGGCAACUAUAGCACUUACUGUAUAUGAUGCCAUGUUGUCAUUUCCUCAAGAGCUCAGAUGCAUAUGGAAGAAUAAACUUACUGCUGUUACUUUCAUAUAUGUCAUCAUCAGAUAUGGCAACAUACUAGACUUGGGCUUUCAGGUCUUCAUCAUAGACUCUGUGGAAGCUACCUCUAUCCCUCUGCAGGGCCAUUAUUGUCAUCUCAUAUGUGCUGGACAUGCUGCCUUUCAUUGGAUCUGCAGCUUUUGAUUGUCUGAGGAUCUGGGCUAUCUGUUAUCAAAGAUGGAUACCUUUUGCUAUUGUCUUUCUCUUGAGCAUGUUUGAGCCUGCUGUGAACAUAUAUGACUUUACUAGACCUCAAGUUCUGAGCAUCAUUGAUUCAGGCACUUUUACAGGCUGCUAUAGUGAAAGCAUUAUGCCAAUGUACCUCUAUGCCUGUCAUUACCAGAUCUAUGGCUGUAGCAGCUGAUAUUGCUGUACUAGUCUUCACUCUGCUUGAAACAGGUCAUCUCUUCAAAACUUCUCUAGCAGUACAGCUAAAGACAGGCUACACUGCAGUGCUAGUUAGAAAUGGUUCUCUGCAGUUUAUUGCGCUUCUAAUUCUCAAUGUUAUAUCCAUGAUUCUUGAUGUAUUUGCAGUUGCUGCAGAUAGUGGGCCAACAUCUGAAUUCAUAUAUAUCAAUCAAGCAAUCAGCUCGAUCUUAUUGUCUCGCUUCAUACUGGAUCUCCGGUUUGUCCAUCUUGGAAAAAGUGACGAGUCCAGUGGAAACGUAGGGUCAAGUAUCCAUUUCGUUUCCGCAGUUGCAGGCAAUAUGGGUGCCGCCCUGGACGGGUCCUGGGUUUCGGGACGGAGUUCUGAUCACGCAGCAGAAGAGACGGAGACAAUUCAGUACUCCGAGAACCCUCUGUCGGUAGGGCUGUUUGACAAGGAUGAAGACCUUAUGGAGGCUGCUAGCCGUCUUGAUGCAGAACACACUGUUGUAAAGGAAAAUGAUGACCAAGCACUUACGGCCACGAUGAUAGCGACCGGGCAUAUCGAGCUUCAAAACAUGGCCUGACGUCGCGCAAAUGUCUCUGGGUCAAAGGCAAAUACCGUAUGUUCAGUUUCACUACGAAACCAUAUCCAAAUAUCUAUUGUAAAGUAGACUACGCGAGCACAGUACUUAGCCUGGUAAAUUCAAUGUCAUUGUGAAUCCU